GAGAAAUAGCAUUGAUCAGGCAUUCUCCGUGGUCGCCUUUUUCAAUCCCUCUUUUCAUUCAAGAUGGCGGGUGACGAGUUUGGUACAACGCUUGGUCAGCCUCAUCUGGCCCGACAAGACCUCCGUUCUCUUAACGUGUCCACCUUGACGCCUCUCUCCCGAGAGAUCAUCAGCAGACAGGCCACCAUCAAUAUCGGCACCAUCGGUCAUGUGGCCCACGGGAAGUCCACGGUGGUGAAGGCCAUCUCCGGCGUUCACACCGUCAGGUUCAAGAACGAGCUGGAGAGGAACAUCACCAUCAAGCUGGGAUAUGCUAACGCGAAGGUCUAUAAGCUGGACGACCCCAGCUGUCCCCGGCCAGAGUGCUACCGGUCGUGUGGCAGCAGCACUCCGGACGAGUUCCUCUCCGACAUCCCCGGCACCAAGGGCAACUUCAAACUGGUCCGACACGUGUCCUUCGUGGACUGCCCCGGUCACGACAUUUUGAUGGCGACCAUGUUGAACGGCGCCGCCGUCAUGGACGCCGCCCUCCUGCUCAUCGCGGGUAACGAGUCGUGUCCUCAGCCCCAGACGUCGGAGCACCUGGCGGCCAUCGAGAUCAUGAAGCUGAAGCACAUCCUGAUCCUGCAGAACAAGAUCGACCUGGUGAAGGAGAGCCAGGCCAAGGAGCAGUACGAGCAGAUCCUCGCCUUCGUGCAGGGCACGGUGGCCGAGGGCGCCCCCAUCAUUCCCAUCUCCGCGCAGCUGAAGUACAACAUCGAGGUGGUCUGCGAGUACAUCGUGAAGAAGAUCCCGGUGCCCAUCAGAGACUUCAUCUCCGAGCCGCGGCUCAUCGUCAUCAGGUCGUUCGACGUCAACAAGCCGGGCUGCGAGGUGGACGACCUGAAAGGGGGCGUGGCCGGAGGGAGCAUCCUGAAGGGCGUCCUCAAGGUGGGCCAGGAGAUCGAGGUGCGACCCGGUAUCGUGUCCAAAGACAACGAGGGGAAGCUGAUGUGCAAACCCAUCUUCUCCAAGAUCGUCUCUCUGUUCGCCGAGCACAACGACCUGCAGUACGCUGCCCCUGGUGGCCUCAUAGGUGUGGGCACUAAGAUCGACCCCACGCUGUGCCGCGCGGACCGUAUGGUCGGUCAGGUGCUGGGCGCCGUCGGCGCGCUGCCGGAGAUCUUCACCGAGCUGGAGAUAUCCUACUUCCUGCUGCGGCGGCUGCUGGGCGUCCGCACGGAGGGCGACAAGAAGGCCGCCAAGGUCCAGAAGCUCUCCAAGAACGAGGUGCUGAUGGUCAACAUCGGCUCGCUGUCGACGGGCGGCCGCGUCAGCGCCGUGAAGGCCGACCUCGCCAAGAUCAACCUCACCAACCCCGUCUGCACGGAGGUCGGGGAGAAGAUCGCCCUGAGCCGCCGCGUUGAGAAGCACUGGCGUCUGAUUGGAUGGGGGCAGAUCAGGAGGGGCGUGACCAUCACACCAACAUUGGACGACGACUGAGGAGGCAGCUCCGCCUCCCGUCAGCCGGACAUCACACAUCACAACCAUCGCACUCUUCUUCUUUCUUUUCUUUUUUUUCUCCCACAAGGAAAGAAGGGAACAGGACAUUUCGGGGUUUUAACGACUCCUGCUCCUCCUCCUCCUCCUCCUCCUCAGCGACACAAGGAGGUCCAGUUAAGCCUUUCUACCAGGUUUUUUUAUUUUUAUUUUUUUUGUGACUGCAGGAGAAGAAAGGAGGAAGAGGAGGAUGAAGAAGAGAGAGGAGAUUCAUUCAGUACAGAAAUGAUUUCAGUCGAAUCUAAUAAAAUACAUUUGGAAGAAA